ACUCUCGUCUUUUCCUUUUUUUGAAGGCUUUUUUCCAUCCUUUGUUGUCACCAUGGAUAUGGGCAGCCUCACCACAGUGGUCGCAAACUCGGCCUACAUCUCUGCACGUGGCAGCUUCGAUGGUUCUGCGAACCCAGCUACUAGCCGCGACAAGAAGUACCAUGCCAAGCUGAAGUUGCCACACAUCACGGUGUGCGAGGACCUCCGUGAGACGCUAGACCUCUCGUUUCAGAGCAUCUGUGUGGAGCAACCCAUCGGCAAGCGUCUCUUUCAAGAGUACCUGGAGACAGCCAACGAAUACAAAGGACCCUGUCGCCUGUGGAAGGACAUUGAAGAGUAUGACACAGCCGAGGACAAAGACAGGUUGAGGAAGGCGUCUAAGAUCAUCGAACGCUACAUGGAGCCUACUGCCAAAUACUACUGUCCCUUUCUACCUGAGAACGAAAUCACCAAGGUGAAGGAGAAACAUCAGGAAGCGUGUGACGAUCUCUUCCACCAGACCCUAAACUGUGUAAUGGACUUCCUUAAAGAGGUUCCAUACACAUUCUAUCUGGAGACCAUGUACCUCAAACGCUUCCUUCAGUGGAAGUGGCUGGAGAUGCAGCCUAUGGGAGAAGACUGGUUCCUGGACUUUCGUGUGCUGGGAAAGGGAGGAUUUGGAGAGGUGUCAGCGUGCCAGAUGAAGGCCACAGGCAAAAUGUACGCCUGCAAGAAACUCAACAAGAAGAGACUGAAGAAAAGAAAAGGAUUUGAGGGGGCAAUGGUGGAGAAGAGGAUUCUUGCACGUGUCCAUAGCAGAUUCAUCGUGUCUCUGGCCUACGCCUUCCAGACCAAGACGGAAUUAUGCUUAGUCAUGACCAUCAUGAAUGGAGGAGACCUAAGGUUUCACAUAUAUAACGUGGAUGAGAACAACCCAGGCUUUGAUGAGCCCAGGGCAUGCUUCUACGCUGCCCAGAUUAUCCAGGGCAUGGAACACCUGCACCAGAAGAGGAUCAUCUACAGAGACCUGAAGCCGGAAAAUGUUCUGUUGGACAAUGAGGGUCACGUGCGUAUUUCUGACCUUGGGUUGGCAGUGGAGCUGCCGGAGGGGGAGAAUAAGACCAAGGGCUAUGCCGGAACUCCAGGGUUUAUGGCCCCGGAGCUGCUGAAAAAGGAAGAGUAUGAUUAUUCUGUGGACUACUUCACUCUGGGCGUCACACUAUUCGAGUUCAUCGCUGCAAAAGGCCCUUUCAGAACUAGAGGUGAAAAGGUGGAGAACAAAGAGGUGAAAAACAGAAUACUAAACGAUCCAGUCACUUACAAUGAGAAGUUCAGUGAGAACGCCAAGUCCAUAUGUGAGGGACUGCUGGCCAAGUCUGUAGACGAUCGCCUGGGAUUCAAAAAUGGAUCAUGUGAUGAGCUGCGUGCUCACCCUUUCUUCGCUGAAAUCAACUGGAGGAAACUGGAUGCAGGAAUCCUUCCACCUCCGUUCGUGCCCUGCUCUAAGACCGUCUAUGCCAAGGACCUAGAUGACGUGGGGGCCUUCUCCACUGUCAAGGGCGUGGCUCUUGAUGACCCAGACAAGGAGUUCUUUGACGAGUUUGCCUCAGGAAACAUUUCUAUUCCAUGGCAAGAGGAGAUGCUAGAGACUGGCAUCUAUGGGGAGCUGAACGUCUGGGGUGUAGAUGGAGCAUUGCCCAACGACCUCCGCCGCGAGUCCAUCCACGAGCUGCCACCAAAGUCCUCUACCUGCUGUGUGUCUUAAACAGCACUAUAGAAGCAGAACU